AGUCCAGGGCAUUGGAAGGUAAUUUCUGACUGUGAAGUCCUCUCUUCCUCUCUUUAUUUCUCUCUAGAACACUCAAGAUUUACUGAUGAAAGCUCAGCAGAUACUCGAUCAUAAAGAGUAAUAACAACUAAACUAAGACAUUGAAAGGAAAAUACCAGAUGCCACUCUGCAGGAUGUAUUAAAUGCCACUUAAUGGAUACAUUUAAAUCCUCCUGAAUCAACAGAGUAACAGGUAGCAAAGAAGAAACACAAGCCAUGGACAACCUCACCUCUGUGGCUGGGAAUGGCAGCCUGUGCACCCGAGAUUAUAAGAUCACCCAGGUCCUCUUCCCGCUCCUCUAUACUGUUUUGUUUUUUGUUGGACUCAUCACAAACAGCCUAGCAAUGAGGAUUUUCUUUCAAAUCCACAGUAAAUCCAACUUUAUUAUUUUUCUUAAGAACACAGUCAUUUCUGAUCUUCUCAUGAUUCUAACUUUUCCAUUCAAAAUUCUCAGUGAUGCCAAACUGGGAACAGGACCACUGAGAACCUUUGUUUGCCAAGUGACCUCUGUCAUAUUUUAUUUCACAAUGUAUAUCAGUAUUUCAUUCCUUGGACUGAUAACUAUUGAUCGCUACCAGAAAACGACCAGGCCAUUUAAGAUGUCCAACCCCAACAAUCUCUUGGGGGCUAAAAUUCUCUCUGUUGUAAUUUGGGCAUUCAUGUUCUUACUCUCUUUGCCCAACAUGAUUCUGACCAACAGGAGGCCAAGAGACAAGAAUGUGAAGAAAUGCUCUUUCCUCAAAUCAGAGUUUGGUCUGGUCUGGCAUGAAAUAGUCAAUUACAUCUGUCAAGUCAUUUUCUGGAUUAAUUUUUUAAUUGUCAUUGUAUGUUAUACACUCAUUACAAAAGAACUGUACAGGUCGUACGUGAGAACGAGGGGCGUAGGCAAAGUCCCCAAGAAAAAGGUAAACAUCAAAGUUUUCAUUAUCAUUGCUGUAUUUUUUAUUUGUUUUGUUCCCUUCCAUUUUGCCCGCAUUCCCUACACCCUGAGCCAAACCCGCGAUGUCUUUGACUGCUCUGCUGAGAACACUCUGUUUUAUGUUAAAGAGAGCACACUUUGGUUAACUUCCUUAAAUGCAUGCCUGGAUCCAUUCAUCUACUUUUUCCUCUGCAAGUCCUUCAAAAACUCCUUAAUGAGUAUGCUGAAAUGCCCCAAUUCUGCAACGUCUCCAUCCCAACAAAAUAGGAAAAAAGAACAGGAUGGCGGUGACCCAAGUGAAGAGACUCCAAUGUAAACUACCUGAGGUAAUAUUUCAAUCUAUUAGUAUCUGGAACAUCCAAAAGGAAAGCACUGUGUAAAAAUACUGUCUAAUAAUAAGUCGAGUUAGUAACAAUGACUCUCUAAACAA